AUGCACGGGCGACGCAGCAUCGACAGGCAGACAGACAAAACGCGCACUAACACCACUGCGGCGCUUCAAAACGCAGCGGCAGCAGAGUCCGUGUCUGUUGGGUCUGAGACACCGACGCCUUGGGUCCGAUUUUAUUCGCUGCAUCGCCCUGCCAUGCAGAACAAACGGAGGCUCCUGCGGGAGUACAGUUCCUACGAUGAUCUCAGCGAGCACUUCCGCAUGUUUGGCUCCCAGUCACUGGACUCCUUUCAGGACCGCGUGGACAUGAAUCCCAGUGGCAGCGAUGGAGUGUCCACCGACGGACUCGACUACUACCCGAGCUGCUCGCAAUCUUAUUCGGGUUUGCUGAGGGAGCACAACUUCAAGGUCAAGUCCUACUACUACAACGUGGGUAACUGCGUGCACUGCAGAAAAAGAAUCCGGUUCGCCAUGGCCAGCCUGCGAUGUCGCGCGUGUCCGCUCCGUUGCCACAUCGCCUGCUGUCGCCAGCUGACGGUGAACUGCAUCCCCCAGCCCCAAGUGAGCACGAAGCGCGGCAAUCUGAGCGACUAUGCGCCCCGGGUGGCGCCCAUGGUGCCGGCCCUAAUUGUGCAUUGUGUCACGGAGAUCGAGGCGCGGGGACUGCAGCAGGAGGGGCUCUACCGGGUGUCCUCGACGCGGGAUAAGUGCAAGCGGCUGCGCCGGAAGCUGCUGCGUGGCACGUCCACGCCGCACUUGGGCAACAAGGACAUCCACACACUGUGCUGCUGUGUGAAGGAGUUCCUGCGGCUGCUGAUACACCCGCUGAUCCCCAUUUACCAUCGCAGGGACUUCGAGGAGGCCACGCGCCUGGUCGAUCCCCUGGCGGUCGAGAUGGCGGUCUAUCUCGUGGUGCUGGAGCUGCAGCAGGCUCACCGGGACACACUGGCCUACCUGAUGCUCCACUGGCAAAGAGUGGCGCAAAGCCCGGCCGUCCGCAUGACAGUCGCCAAUCUGGCCGUGAUCUUUGCCCCCACUCUGUUCGGAGAUCUGGACCUGACCCUCGAAAACGUGGUUAUUUGGCAGCAGGUGCUGAAGGUGCUGCUUCUUAUGCCACCUGGAUUUUGGGGCCAGUUCCUGGAGGUCCAUCCAGUGCCCACUCCUUUGGGCAGUUCCUACGAUUUCGAAGAACGGUACAGUCAGCGACACUGGGAUCACUCUUCCACUCUGGGAUGGAACUCCGUUAAGACCUACUUUAGGUCUAUGGUAAACCUAAGCAGCACCAACCUGUAGUGCAGGGCAGACGGCUUCAGAGAUGUUUACGCAUUUGUUUUGACCAGAUGGAAGGAGUACCUGUGGGUGGUUUUUGUCGUCCAAGAAAUGAUUCACAACUGAUUAUAUUCA